GUUCAGGUAAGAAUGCUUUGUAUCCAGAUGCAGAAAAUCGAUUAAAAGCUUGGAUUUUGGAGUUAAGACAAAGUGGAAUUGCUGUUAAUUCAGUUUCGAUUAAAGCUCAAAUGAAAUACUUACUUGAAAAUGAAUUUUUUUCUAAUUAUCCUGGAGCAAUUGAAAAAUUCCAAGCAUCUGACAAGUGGUUUCGUGGGUUUUUGAGAAGACAUGAUUUAGCUCUUCGAAGAAAAAUGAAAAUUUCACAAAAACUCCCUGAACAGCUCAGUGAUAAAAUUAUAGAUUUUCAUAAAUAUAUUAUUAAAAUGAGAAAAAAAAAUAAUUAUGAUUUAUGUCAAAUAGGUAACAUGGAUGAAACUCCCAUUUUUUUUGAUAUGGUUGGAAAUAUGACAGUUGAUUUAAAAGCUUCAAAGACUGUGCAUGUUAGAACCACUGGAAAUGAAAAAAACAGAUUUACUUGUGUUUUAGGUAUUUUAUCUAAUGGUGUCAAAUUACCACCAUUUGUUGUAUUUAAAGGUAAAAGAUUACCUAAAAACUUGCCAAAUGGAAUUUUUGUAUAUAUGAAUGAAAAAGGAUGGAUGAAUGAAGAAUUGACAAAAAUUUGGAUUGAUAGAGUCUGGAAUAACAGACCCAAUUCUUUUAAUCAAAAAUCCUUGUUGGUAAUGGAUUCAUUUGAAGGGCACAAAACUGAACUUGUAAAAGAAAAUUGUAGAAAAUCAAAAUGUGAUUUAGCAAUUAUACCAGGAGGUUUAACUUCUGUUGUCCAGCCAUUAGAUGUCUGUGUCAAUAAACCUUUUAAAGAUAAGCUUAGAAAUAAAUGGAAUCAAUGGAUGACAAGUGGGAGUGCUAGUUUAACAAAAAAUGGAAAUCUUAAAAAACCUGAUUAUGGUGUUAUGUGUCAAUGGAUUAUUGAUUGUUGGAAUGAAAUACCUGAAUCUUUGGUUAUUAAAUCUUUUAAAAAGUGUGGAAUAUCAAAUUUAAUGAAUGGAAGUGAAGAUAAUCUCUUAUAUGAAACAGAAGAUGAAAAUAACAAUGAAGAUAAUAAUGAUGAAGUUGUGAGUAUUGUGAAUUUUUCAGCAGAAGAAUUGGAUGGUGAA